AUGCCCACUCCGUCCGGCUCAGAAGCUGCCAUUGGUACUCGCCACACGCCACCAUGGAGCCAGAAAACACAUGGUAUGGGAGCUGCUCGCAAGUUGAAUUCCCACCGAAGAAGGCAGAGGAAGGCUGACAAAUCAUACAAGAAAUCACAUCUUGGAAAUGAAUGGAAAAAGCCAUUUGCUGGAUCUGGGAUUGAGACUAAGCAACCAAACUCUGCCAUUAGAAAAUGUGCUCGAGUACAAUUAAUAAAAAAUGGAAAGAAGAUUGCAGCUUUUGUGCCAAAUGAUGGUUGCUUGAACUAUAUUGAAGAAAAUGAUGAAAUGCUUAUUGCUGGUUUUGGGCGAAAAGGGCAUGCAGUUGGAGAUAUUCCUGGAGUCCGAUUUAAGGUUGUGAAGGUAUCUGGGGUGUCUCUUCUCGCCCUCUUCAAAGAGAAGAAGGAGAAGCCUAGGUCUUGAG